AUGUUAACAGUAGUGUGUGAAAAUUACAAUGAAUUGCAAAAAGAACACAUCAAAGCAAAAAUUUCGCGGGUUUUCGUUCAAACACAAGCAUCUGAUACAAGCCUUAUUGUUAAGGAUGGAUAUCAAUGGAGGAAAUAUGGACAGAAGGUGACUAAAGACAACCCUUGUCCAAGAGCUUAUUUCAAGUGUUCUCAUGCUCGUACCUGUCCGUCAAAAAGAAGAGCCCCACCUUUAAAAAUAUCUGAUUCUUUUCCACCCCAAUUUGAAUUCAAAGGUGUUCCAAUUGGAGAAGCUGCAGCUCCAAAUACUGUAGGUGGUUUUGGGGAUUUAUUCGGUAUGCCACAACCUAUGGAAUGCUUGCAUGAGACCCCAAUUCUUCCAUUCUUGUCCAAGAGUUUCGAUUUGGUGGAUGAUCCUUCAUUGGAUUCUAUAAUUUCUUGUGGAGCAAAGGGUGACAUAUUUGUUGUGUGGAAUCUUGUGGAAUUUGCUAGGAUUGUUUUGCCAAGGAAUUUCAAGCACAACAAUUUUUCAAGUUUUGUUCGGCAACUUAAUACAUAUGUGGGCUGUGAGCAGCUUGGCCUGCACCGUGUCCUUACUUGA